AUGACAAGGAAAUGGAUUCCCCGGUCCUUCAAGGCGGCGGUUUUCGGGCUGAUCAUGUUUGCCGGGUUGACAUAUGAAGAUCAAACGGUGGAUCCUGAGACUGGUUUACUAUGCAUCAGUGAAUGCGGUACAUGUCCAGUCCUAUGUUCACCACCUCCUUCUCCUGAACUGGAGCCUUCAGGUCCGCUGCCAUCACCACCACAAUCACCGCCACCAGUGCACCACUCUCCACCUCAAUAUUACUACAUUUCUCCGCCGCCCUCACCACCGAAACAAUCACCAUCACCACCUUCCUCACCGCCAAAACAAUCCCCGUCACCCCCAUCAUAUUCUUCGAAAGGCGCACCUCCUCCUCCUCCUCCUCCUCGGUUUGUCUACUUCUACGACAUGCCUCCUGCCGGUCCAGUGCCAACAGCAGCAACAGGAACUGGAGUGGUGAACAACAAUCCACUUCCUAACUACUUUUACACCUCCAUGGCUUCUUCUCCUUCUUCUGUUCGUGUCAUGCUUUUGUUCAUCUUGUUAGCUCAUCAUCUUGUGUUUUCUUUUUGGUGA